CCUGCACUGACAGUACGGGCCUAUGCAAAAGAGCUUUACCAGUAAUCUGCAAAAAUGACCAACACAAGAGGAAAAAGGCGAGGAACUCGUUAUAUGUUCUCCAGACCCUUCCGCAAGCAUGGUGCCGUACCUCUGUCAACUUACAUGCGCAUCUACAAGAAGGGUGAUAUUGUGGACAUAAAGGGUAUGGGCACAAUCCAAAAAGGUAUGCCCCACAAAUGUUACCACGGCAAGACUGGCAGAGUUUACAAUGUUACACAGCACGCUGUAGGAAUUAUUGUGAACAAGCAGCUCAGGGGCCGUAUCCUUGCCAAGAGAAUCAAUGUCCGCGUUGAGCACAUUCGUCACUCUAAGAGCAGAGACAGUUUCCUCCAGCGCGUGAAAGAGAAUGAGAGGAAGAAGAAAGAGGCCAAGGAAAAGGGAUUAUGGGUCGAACUGAAACGCCAGCCUGCCCAGCCCAGAGAAGCUCACUUUGUUCGGACUGGUGGUGUCGAGCCACAGCUGCUUGAGCCUAUUCCAUACGAGUUCAUGGCAUAAAUGCAAUUAAACCUAUUUCUUUUCCAACUGA